GUUUCGCAACUUCCGACACGUUGGGUGAAAAAACACAAAACAUGGCCACUAAAGAGGAUCCGAGUAUUUUACCUUCUAUACUUGAUUACAUUGGUAGACGAUGCAAAGACGUUUUGCCAUUUUUGAACAAAUCACCAGUGUUCAAACAUAUAACCACAGAUGGGUCACCGAAAUUGGAGGAGGUGUUUACGCAUUGGAGCAGAACAUCAGGCAAGCGCAAGGCCAACGAAAAUGAGACCCCUUUGGAAGCCAAGAGAGUCAAGUCGGACCCACCUGUCACGCCACAAGGGGCAGCUGCUCUGAAGAGAAUACACGAGUCAAGCUCAAGCAGUGACAGUGACUCAGACAGUGAUACAGCAAAACCUCCGGCGAAAAAGCCUGCACCCCCAGCAGCCAAGCCUGCUACAAAGGAACAAGACUCGAGCAGCGCUACUUCAGAUUCUGAUGCAGAUUCUGAGAGCACUGAUGAUGAAACCUCCGCCAAGAAGAAUAAGGUUCUCACAAAAAAGUCUCCGCAAGCAAACAAAUCCUACAACACUGUGCCUCCUCCCAGUUCUCUGAAUGCCAAGGCUCAAUCUGCUAAACCAGCAGCAGUCACACCAGCCAAGCAGGCAGCAGACAGCAGUAGCAGUGAUGACUCUAGUUCAAGUGAAGAAGAAGCUCCAGCAACUAAAGUAACACCAGCAAAGCCUAUUGCUAAGUCUGCACCAGUAAAAGCUGCAGAAAGUAGCAGCAGUGAAGAUUCAAGUUCUAGUGAGGAUGAAACUCCUGCUACUAAAGUCACACCAGGUAAACCAGCUUCAACAACACCUGCUAAAACACUAGCAGUAACACCAGCAAAGCCUGUUGCUAAGGCUGCACCAGUAAAAGCUGCAGAAAGUAGCAGCAGUGAAGAUUCAAGUUCUAGUGAGGAUGAAACUCCUGCUACUAAAGUCACACCAGGUAAACCAGCUUCAACAACACCUGCUAAAACACUAGCAGUAACACCAGCAAAGCCUGUUGCUAAGGCUGCACCAGUAAAAGCUGCAGAAAGUAGCAGCAGUGAAGAUUCUAGUUCUAGUGAAGAUGAAACCCCUGCUAUUAAAGUCACACCAGGUAAACCAGCUGCAACGACACCUGCUAAAACAGUGGCAGUAACACCAGCAAAGCCUAUUGCUAAGGCUGCACCAGUAAAAGCUGCAGAAAGUAGCAGCAGUGAAGAUUCAAGCUCUAGUGAGGAUGAGACUCCUGCUUCUAAGUUGUACCGGCAAAGCCCACCCCAGCUAAACAACCUGUGACAAA